AAGGUAUAAAUAAGAUAGAACUUUUUAAAUAGCACACUCGGGUAGUUAACCGCGCGUGAUCACUACAAUAUGCGACAGUUUUUGGUUUUCUGUUUGGCCGUGGGAGCGGCAGUCGCAGCUCCACAGUUCAGCGCUACUGCCAGCGCUGCAUCAGGUAGAUACGACCCCGGUCGCUACGACCCGGGCCGCUACGACGCCGGACGCUAUAGGGAUAAUUCUGGACAAUAUGUUCCGGAUGACUCUGGAAAAUACAACGGUGAUCGGGGCGACCGCGGUGUAGGAGGGGGGUACUACACCGGCUCCAGCGACGCCGGCGGCCCGGGAGGUGCUGGUGGUUUCUACAAACACGUUAACGACAAAUAUAAUGGUGCUGGUAGUUUCGGAGCUGGUGGAGCUGCUGGUGGUGCUGCUGGUGGUGCUGGUGGUGCUGCUGGUGAAGCCGGUGGUGCUUUCGGUGCCAGCGCUGGCGCAGGAGCAGGUGUGGUGGUAACCUCAGCCGCCGCCAGCCGAGGCGCCUUUGUCGCCCCCAGCCGAGGCGCCUUUGUCGCCCCCAAGCCUGCCGUAGCCAGCGCCGCCGCUAGAGUCGGCGCUGCCCCCCCCACCGGCGGCAACUAUGACUACAAGUACGGCAUCAUCCGUCUGGAGGAGGACGUCCAGCCUGAUGGCUACCACUACCUCUACGAGACAGAGAACAAGAUCCUUGCAGAGGAAUCCGGAAAGAUUGCCCAAAUUCAAAACAACGAAAACGGUGCCUUGAGAGUGACUGGAUUUUAUGAGUUCGUGGCCCCGGACGGUGUCACCUACAGAGUAGAUUACACUGCUGAUGAGAAUGGUUUCCACCCGACUGGUGCCCAUUUGCCUUGAGCAAAUAGUCUGAUAGUCGCGCGCUAGUACCUUGCUUUUAACUUUAAGUGUCUGUUGUAAUAAAAUCUCCUGAUCUGUCUUAGUUUAAUGUAAUAAAUAAAGUGUUGUGAAGAAUUA